GAAACAGUUUGAGGCGUUUCUCAGGGUAUAAAUGAUGAGGGGUUUUAGGCCAGAGUUACACAUGCUCUCCUGUCUACUCUUCAAGAGGACAACCACGACCCGGCGCACUCCACUUACCAGGAGAGAGACACCAGAACCAGAAGUAGAGUGUAGUACCCAGUUGAGUGUGGAAACAAUAGACUGCAGCACCAGUAGACUCCAGGAUGACUUCCUACUCCUCUCUCCUCCUAUCCGUGCUGCUGGUUGCAGCGCUGCAGUGUGAGCAUGCCCAGUGCAGACGUGCACCGUGCUCCGACCGUUGCUGCUCCUUUAUAGAGGGCUUCCCCGUCAGACUGAAGGAACUCCGCACAUCCUUCUCCACCAUCAGAGAUUACUAUGAGGCUAAUGACGAGCUGGAGACUUCCCUGUUGGACGAAGGCAUUCUACACCACUUGAAGAGCCCGGUGGGGUGUCACGCUAUGGACAGCAUCCUGAAGUUCUACCUCGACACGGUGUUGCCCACCGCCAUGAACAACAGAACGCAGAACAACCACUUUAAAUCUCCCAUCGACUCCAUCGGAAACAUCUUCCACGAGCUGAAGAAAGAGAUCGUCCUAUGCAGGAACUACUUCUCCUGUAAGAAACCGUUUGACAUCAACGAGUUCAUCUCCUCGUAUAAGAAGAUGCAGGAUAAGGGCCUGUAUAAGGCAAUGGGAGAGCUGGACCUGCUCUUCAACUACAUCGAGGAGUACCUGGUCUCUAAGAGGCGCAAACACUGACCCAUGACCCUGAGCCUGGACCAAUCAGAAUUUGCCAGAGUUCUGUGACUAACCCUAACCUCUAAUAACCUCCAAAGCCCAAAUAUCUGGGACUGUGUCAUUGUGGAAGACCGUGAGACUAAAGUUUAUGGGUCCUGAGGACCUGCUCUCUACGUUACUAGUCUAGUCUCUGGUCCUACUCUUUAGUUCUGAAAGAACACCUUCAAGAAUUACUUCUGAGGACUUCAUCAUUACAAUAUAAUAUGUGGCAUUUAACUUUUAUCCAAAGUGACUGAGAGUACUGCUUUUCAUACAUUUUUGUUUGUAUGGGUGGUAGUCCCAGUGGGAAGCAAACCCCUGUUUCUGACCUUGGCUGAGCUUGCAAGCGUCACGCUCUAAGGCACACAGGACCUUUUCUUUAAAAAGUCCCUGAACCACAUUUAGUCUCAGGUUAAUCAAAACGUUUAUUACUGAGUCAUAUUGACUGAAACAUUCUGCUGUAAAGUAUUGCAUCAAAUGUGUAGCAUUUUUUUAAAUUUUUUUUUUAGGAUUGACUUUCUGCACCUUCCUUCCUUCCUUCCUUCCUUCCUUCCCUAUGGUAUCGUCACAACGUUAAACUAGCCACCAUGUGGAAUAAGGAAUCAUGUGUUAUUAUAAAUGUGUAAAAACCAGUGAGAAUGGAAAUCUAGGCUAUACAUUUACCAGUGUGACAGAGAAUGUACCUUUAACAUGUUUUAAUAUGUGAUCAUUGACUGCUUUUAAAAAAUAUAUAUUUUAAUUUUUUUACCUUUAUUUAACUAGUCAAGUCAGUUAAGAACAAAUUCUUAUUUUCAAUGACAGCCUAGGAACAGUGGGUUAACUGCCUUGUUCAGGGUGCAGAACGACAGAUUUUGUACCUUAUCAGCUCGGGGAUUCGAACUUGCAACCUUUCGGUUACUAGUCCAACGCUCUUACAGUAUAUUUACUACCAAUAUCAGUAUUGAUUUAAAUUAAAACCGUCCGUGAAUAUAAGUGGAACGCAUCAAAAUGUUUAUUAGUGUGGCUUGUGAAAAAGUGUGGCUAUACGAAUUAUUUCUGACAUUAUUAUUUCAGACAACUUUUUAAAAACUAUUUAUACUUUUUAAAACUAUUAAAAACUUGUAUUGAACUUAUUAAACUUCAUCCACUUUCAUGGGAUUUCCUCGAAAUUCUAAAGCUUCCGUGGUUGAAAACUCCCAACAUUCUAUUCACAAUAAACAAUGUAACUUUUAACAGAAAUCAGCUACUUCGACCAUUUUCCAACAACAUUGACAAUAACUUAGAGGGUUUCCAAGAGAAAAGCCCAGAAUGUGCAAAGCUGUCAUCAAGGCAAAGGAUGGCUACUUUGAAGAAUCUCAAAUGUAAAAUGUAUUUGUAUUUUUUUAAACACUUUUUUGGUUACUACAUGAUUCCAUAUGUGUUAUUUCAUAGUGUUGAUGUCUUCACUAUUAUUCUACAAUGUAGAAAAUAGUAAAAAUAAAGAAAAACCCUGGAAUGAGUAGGUGUUCUAAAACAUUUGUGAGGUAGAGUGUAUUUUCAUUUAACCUUCAUUUAGCCAGGUUAGUCUAGUUGAGAUAAAAAUCAACUUUUCCAUAUCUCUUUUUCAAGAGAUUUUAACAAACGGGUGUUUUAGCUACAAUGUUUUUUGUAUUUAUUUAUGAUUUUAUUUUUAUUUUUUUACUUUCUCUGCUCUGCAGUUUUAAAAUAAAAUGUUCUACUUUGGAACGUUUUUAGUUUUUUACCUCAGUUCUUCUUUUAAACUUUAAAAUGUAAAGCCUUUUUAAGUGUUCCACAUUCUGUUGUAAUGCCUCAGCGACGACACAAAUAAAAACCUUCUGAAUCUGA